CUCCUACUGUACAACUCCACCAGGAUGAGGCGGCUUCUGUCCAAGGUCGUGGUGAUUGAUGACGAUGAUGACGAUGUAUAUCCCUCGAGGCAGAACGUGCACAAAUAUUACAUCCACCUCCUCCUCAGCCUCUUCCUCUUCCUCUGGUUCUUUCUGGGAAAUUACUAGGUCUUUUCUGUUUACCUGCCAGAUUUUAUUCCCCCUUUCCAGCAGCCUCAGGAUUACGGGAAACAGGAGAAAACCGGUUGGGAGGAGCAGGGCGGCCUAAGAGAAGGACUGUGAGCUCGGGCA